UACAUAUUAUUUGUCUUUUUUAGGGGGACUUGAUUUAAAUCUGUGCAUCGCCAAGGGCAAGGGGCCGAGAACAUGGAUAGAGAGAAGUUUCGGCAGAAGGCUCUGAAGCAAACUAAGCAGAAGAAAUCCAAGUCGGCUGAAUUUCUGAUGGUCAAAGAAGAUAGAGAGGCUACGGAAGGCAUUGGGAACCCAGCUUUUAGCGUGAGCAGCCCGGGUCUCUUAGCACAUCAGACUUCAGACAGGAAAGUUAUUAGACGUGACACGCUGGAUCGUACCCUUGCAGCUCACCAACAAAAACACAGGCUGCUGGCCUCUGCUGAACCAAAAGGAAAUGAAUACAGCAGAAAUUACUUUGACCCACUGAUGGAUGAGGAAAUAAACCCAAGGCAGUGUGGGAUGGAGGUCAGCAGAGAGGCACCCCUGCAAGUUGAUACUAGAAUUCUCAGUGAUCGAUUAAUGAAGCUGUUUGAGGAGAGAGGACAAGGAGAAGCCCAAGAUGGGAGCCGCCAGGAGGAGAUUUUGGAUUCUGAAGAGACAGUGAAUUCCAGAAAGAGACCGGAAUCCCACAAAGAGGGCAGCAAGGCAUCUGAAGGAUAUGUUCAGAAAAAUACAAUUCUGCUUGGAAGUUCUUCUUUGGAACAGGACCUGAAAUGUGGAGGGGAAGGACUCAGUCAGUACAUUCCUAUGUCAUGUUUAAACACUGACAAAACAUUUGACAAAGUGCCAAGUCAACCAUUAAUUGCACAUCGAGAUGUCUGGAAAGAAAACAGGCCGGCCAAGCUCUGUACUCUCACAGACGUAACUCACGAAUCAAAGGCGGCAGCAGCAGGACCUUGUGGGAAGGUUGAGCGCGGCCAGGCGCCUCAGCAUCUUCAAGUACGGAUAAAAUGUGCAAGAGGCCUCAAGAACAAGGUUCCCCGAGGCUCCUACCGCCUCAGGGUGUCCCUGCUUGGUCGACCAGGUGGCUGUGUCUUCCAGUGGCAGCAAACGGAGCAGCUGAAGACCAGAACACACCCAGUGAGGCAUGAUGGAAAUUUUUAUGAUCUGGGGCUCUAUUUCCAUGAAAGCCUUUAUGUGGCACUCCCUCCGAAGAAAGAUGUGAAACCUGGCAUGGCGUUCUUGUUUGAACUCUGUCUCCUUCGUGGGAAAUAUGCUUCUUUUGACUGGGUUGUGGGCUGGGCAGCCUUCCCUGUGUGUGAUAACAACUUCGAUGUAGUGGACGGGAAAUUCAAGUGUCCCCUUCUCCGAGGUCAUUAUGACCAGAAAUUCGACAGCUUCAGGAAAAUGGAAGAUUUGAUGUGCCGGGACUUGGACCACUGGCUGUGCAAUCUCUACUUUCAGGUUAUUAAACUUCCUCUGUGUUUGGAUGAUCAAACAACCUAUGAAAGGCAGACUCAGCUUCCUCCCGAAUUUCCAGUUUCUUUAAUGGCUGGAGCAGAGACAGCAGAAUCAGGCGUGGAGAAUACGGCUGGCCUUUCAGAGAAACAAACAGAAGAAAACAUUUGUUCAUCCCUGGAUGACUCCGCACGGAGUCCUGGGUUAGAUGAUGGUCUACAUCUUCAUGGCAAAAUACAGACCCGAACAACAAAGGAACGGUCGAUGUCAAAUUCAGUGCCUCCUUCGUCCGGUGCAGACCAGAAGGCUAAAGUCUUGGGUUGGAAUUCUGAGAACAAUAUGUUUCUUUUGUGUUCCUCGGUUGCUGACGGUACUGGAUCUAGAGAAUUCUUCAAGCACCUUCAUUUCGGGAUGGUGUCGGCGUUCUCGGAACUUCAAUUCGCUGAGUGGCGAAGCCAGGGCUUCUGGUACAUCAUCCUACUGAUGGCAUCUCUCUGGUUCCUGAGGCUCUACCUCCAUUACCUUAGCCAGUGGCUUUUCCUCCAGGCCAUUUCAAUUCCUGUUACAAAAUUCCAUUUUUCCCCUUUCACGGUUGAGCUUUGCUACCCAUCUUCCUCACUUGCCAUCAAAGAAGAGUUGCUCGUAGUUGUGGUGGGUCCUUUAAUGCUGAAUGCAGUGAUACUUCCUUUGGUUCUGAUCAGAUGGGGCUGUCAGCUACUGUUUGCCUCCUGCCCUGAUGUCUUGUCAAAAUUAAUCAUUACCAUGGGACUAUGGACAGUUCUAGACCCAUUGGCCGUGUUUAUAGUGGAUACUGUCCUCGGGCGGCUUACACAGAAUGGGGAGACUCCCGUAGCUGACGCAGCAAAGCUGUACUGGGUGUUUGUAAGAACCAUGCAGUCGGGAAUUCUCGGUGUCAUGCUCACAGUGUUAAUUUACAUCCUCCUGUUCAUCAUUUCUUCUUUGAUUUUGUAUUUGUACUGUCUCAGAAGCUUUCGAGUUGGAAAUAGUCCCACUUACUCAAUUUUGCCUUAG